AGGGGGGUGGUUUCCUCGACGGAGCUUCCUCGGCGGCGGCACCUUCCGGUGUCCUUCCCGGCGGCGCGGCGCGGCCAUGGCGCAGAACCUGAAGGACCUGGCGGGGCGGCUGCCGGCCGGGCCCCGCGGCGUCGGCACCGCCCUCAAGCUGCUGCUGGGGGCCGGCGCCCUGGCCUAUGGUGUCCGUGAGUCCGUCUUUAUCGUGGAAGGCGGCCAGCGGGCCAUCUUCUUCAACCGCAUCGGCGGCGUCCAGCAGGACACCAUCCUCGCCGAGGGUCUGCACUUCAGGAUCCCCUGGUUCCAGUACCCCAUCAUCUACGACAUCCGAGCCCGGCCGCGGAAAAUCUCCUCCCCCACCGGCUCCAAAGAUUUGCAGAUGGUGAACAUUUCGCUGCGUGUCCUCACACGCCCCAACGCUGCAGAGCUCCCCAGCAUGUACCAGCGCCUGGGCCUGGACUACGAGGAGCGAGUCCUGCCUUCCAUCGUUAACGAAGUGCUCAAGAGCGUGGUAGCCAAGUUUAACGCUUCCCAGCUUAUCACGCAGAGAGCCCAGGUGUCUCUGCUCAUUAGGCGAGAACUGACAGAGAGAGCCAAGGAUUUCAGCCUCAUCCUGGACGAUGUGGCUAUCACAGAGCUGAGCUUCAGUCGUGAAUAUACGGCAGCUGUGGAGGCUAAGCAAGUGGCCCAGCAGGAGGCACAGCGCGCACAGUUUCUGGUGGAGAAGGCCAAGCAGGAGCAGAAGCAGAAGAUUGUUCAGGCUGAAGGGGAAGCUACAGCUGCCAAGAUGCUCGGUGAAGCUCUUAGCAGGAAUCCAGGCUACAUCAAGCUACGUAAGAUCCGAGCUGCUCAGAACAUCUCAAAAACGAUUGCUGGCUCACAAAACCGCGUCUAUCUCACAGCAGAUAACUUGGUACUGAACCUGCAGGAUGAGGGAUUCACCAGAGGAAGGUAAGGCACUGUUUAUUUUGAUCCUCCUGUUGGGACUUGUAACAAGAGUGUUGAUGUUUGCCUGGUGCCUGGCAUGUUUCUGGCUUGGGCCUUUCUGGCGACAGGAAGUUUAUUCCGCCUCUACCGCAGUUUCCAUUUGCGAUGUGAAGCUUGAAGCCCUUCCUUGCAGGGGCCGCACAAACACCCACAUCAAGUAGGAGAUAAUCAGUAAUUGGAGCUCCGCGUGUGUCCCGUAAGGAGCCUUGCGUGGGGAAGGCAGGAGUGACUGUGGAGCGUCCUCCGAUCUGUUCUGUGUAUACAGGGCAUCCUGCACGGGUGGCAGAGAGGGCUGUGAGAAGGCAAUUAGAUAAUGGUGGGAGUUUGUGUUGGUUUGGUUGGAUCUCUAGGAAAGAUGCUCUUGUUGCGCUCCAAAAGCUUUCCAGUCCAUGCUAGAAAACCCCAUUCCCGGCUUUCAGAGCUGGCAGGAGCGUGGCAGCUUUGCCUAAUCUGUCCAGUGUUUAGUGGGCAAGGCAGUGCCAGCUGAGGUAACAGCAUGCAGCUAAAAGCUUAGAUGUUCUAGAGUCACGAAGGGAAGCCAGAGCUGGUCUCUUUCUGUGGAUUGUGAGAUCCUUCUUCUUUACCUCUGACCAGAUUUUGUCUUACGCAUUCCAGAAGGCUUAAGGCGUUUUGAAAAAAGUCCCGAGUAGGAAGGGCUUAAAGUCCAGAUCCUUGAGGUGUGACAUCCCACACCCCCAGGUCUGUAGCGAGGGUCUGGUUCAGCUUUGUUUGUGCUUUCUGGACUAAUGACUCGCUUCUCUCUCCCUUUCAGUGACAGUCUCCUACUCAAACAAGGGAAGAAAUGAAAGAAACUAAAGCCUCCUAGAGCCACCGGUGCUGACCAGCAGAAGAGAUGAGUGAGGAAAUCUGAACUCCCUCCACUGGCGUUGUUUGCCCUCACUUUGAAGUCGUUGAUCCAGUAGCCAUGUUUGGUUCCCGUGCCCCUGCUCCAUUUGUGGUGACCCAGUUAUGGGAUUGGGCUCUGCCACUAGGCAGCUGGAAUCCCUUCCUCACCCCACCAGUUAAAUUUGGGGAGGGGGCAAGGGUGCUUACUGGUAACGCAUGUGGAUAUAGUAAUUCACCUCUAACCUUCAUUAAUCUUUAGAUUUCUGUAGGGUAAAAUCAGAGUAAUUUUUUGGCUGAGCUUGGGAGUUCUGCUGCCAUCAGCACCAGGCUUUUUUUUCUAGUAAAUUUUGUUUCUUUCACUCUUGAUCCCAAGAGAACCUGGGACUCAAUUCAGGAAAAUGUCAUUCAUUGGGUGCCUGUCACUGCUGGAAUACGCGUCACUGUCUGCUCAGUGAUUCUUUCAAACAUUUGUAAAAAUUAAAACCCCCCAAAUUUA